UAGCUGUUAUCAGAUUGAUGGGCUAGUUUGAUUGAAGUGGCUUUGUCAUGCAAAUGUCAAGCGCGUGAUGGAUGGUCGCAGUGCGCUGACAAACUUCUGGAGGUCCCCUCACCAUUGGCGCCGUGACGUCUCACGUGAUCAGCAGCUGAGGUAAAGAUGUGUUAUAGGGAAGCACGAGCAAAUACUCAGGAGGUAAGCAUUUCCCACUUUCGCAUGAAAUACUGUGGCAAGCUUGCAGGACAGGAGGCUCUCCCUAACUCUUAGGUUGACCCUUCGCCAUCAAUUGCGUAUGGACAAUUCCAAAAUGAACUCUUUUUUGGAGUACACAAUUUGUAACCGUGGGACGAACGCCUACUCGCCCAAAGCUGGAUAUCACAACUUGGACCAGGCGUACUCGGGCCCUUUCCACACCGGACACACGAGUGACAGCUAUAACGCUGAUGGACGACUUUACGUAGGGGGGAGCAACCAGCCAGUUGCAGCACAACAUCAGCACCAGAGCGGCGUCUACGCGCAUCACCAGCACCAAACGCAUCAAAGUGGGGUCAAUUACUGUGCGACAGGGAAUGCGAAUUAUGGUACCCAGGCCUGUGCCAAUACGGACUAUGCUCAACACCAGUACUUCGUCAAUCCCGAGCAGGAUGGAAUGUAUUAUCACUCGUCGGGUUUUUCAACUUCAAGUGUAGGCCCUCAUUAUGGCUCAAUGGCUGGGGCAUAUUGCGGGGCACAGGGAGCCGUUCCAGCCGCACCUUAUCAACAUCAUGGCUGCGAAGGUCAGGACCACCAGAGAGGGUACUCUCAAGGCACCUACGCCGACAUAUCGGCCUCCCACGGAAGGGAGAGGGACUCGGAUCAGUCGCCACCUGGAAAGACAUUCGAUUGGAUGAAAGUCAAAAGGAAUCCCCCUAAAACAGUUAAAGUGGCAGAGUUCGGACUGGGCCCACAAAACACAAUUCGGACGAAUUUCACAACCAAACAGCUGACAGAACUCGAGAAAGAGUUUCAUUUCAGCAAGUACCUCACGCGAGCGCGCAGAGUGGAAAUUGCUGCCACACUCGAGCUGAACGAGACGCAGGUCAAAAUUUGGUUUCAGAACCGCCGAAUGAAACAGAAGAAACGAGAGAAGGAGGGACUCGCGCCUGCCUCGUCCACCUCGUCAAAGGACCUCGAAGAUCAGUCAGACCACUCAUCUUCUUCAUCUCCAGAAGCUUCACCAAGCCCGGAGACCUAAUCGGGCCA